CGUCUGGAUAAAAUUCGUAUGAUUAGAUCAAAUUAUGCCAAUAAGGUGGUGGCUUUAACCUUUUUUGAGUGACGUGGUUCUAGGAAUAUUUUCAGAAUAAUUACGGUAGCAAUUUGCAUAGACCAGUGAAAGCAAAACGAGUGCAGCAGACGAUUUUUAUCGCCAUCGAGCAUGUCACAUCCAACCUGUCCGCAAAACCAAAUGAGGCUUAUGUUGGCCGAAAUGUUAAUUAAAAACGGGUUGCACCAGCUUCGGGUUUUGCGGGUAUAAAAACCGAAAAUCGUUCCAGAAUCGGCAUCAGUCUCACGAACUCUCUAGUCUGACAAUCAAACUAAAUCACAAUGUUCAAGAUCCUGCUUGUCUGCGCCCUUGCCGCCCUGGUGGCCGCCAACGAGAACGCCGAAGUCAAGGAGCUGGUCAACGAUGUCCAACCCGAUGGCUUCGUCAACAAGUUGGUCCUGGACAACGGUGUCGCCUCUUCGGCCACUGGAGAUGUUCACGGUAACAUCGAUGGAGUCUUCGAGUGGAUCUCCCCCGAGGGCGAGCACGUCCGUGUGAGCUACAAGGCCGAUGAGAACGGUUACCAGCCCCAGAGCGACCUCCUGCCCACUCCUCCUCCAAUCCCAGAGGCCAUCCUCAAGGCCAUCGCCUACAUCCAGGCCCAUCCCAGCAAGGAAUAAGCGAUCAUCUCUCAAGCGAUAAGGACUCAAUCUCGAAAUGGAGGACCAAACUCCUCUUACUCUUAGAAUUUAAACAGCAUGCUGACUUAAAAGGUUGGACUAUCGAAUUGUGAAAUAAAUUUUCGAUAUUCUUUGGCAACAAAA